GCAGCCACUUCCUUUACUUCCCUACACUUCCCUACACUUCCACACUGAAUCCGAUUCUUCUCCACUUCCAUAAAAAUAAGGAAAAAAGGUUUUCCUUUUCCUUGUUUUCAUUUUCAAUUUCCAGCACGAGAUCUCAAACCCACGGCAUUGAAAAAGAGAAAUCCCCCCUUUGCUUCUCUUCUCUCCUUGCGCUCUUUGAUAAAAACCCUAGAAUUCAUUGGGAUUUGGGGAUCCAUGCGUGGAUGGAGGACAAACGCCUCGACUUCGAUGCGCCGUUGCUCUCCGUCCGGCGAUUUAGCUCCCCUGCUCGGCCGCCGGCCGGUGUGAAACGGCCGGAAGCGGAGAGGAGGGUCUCGUUGCCUUUCUACAAGGCUGACCUCAAGUCUGGCCCCGUCGCCCGCCCCGGGAUUGUCCCCUUUGUUUGGGAGCAGACCCCAGGCCGCCCAAAGGAUGGUCCUUUGCCUGUCUCCGUUCGUACCCGCCCUAAGCCCCCGCCUGGCCGGAUCUUGUAUGAGAACCUUGAGAAUGGUACGGAAUCGAGCUGGACGGUGGCGUCGGUGAGCUCGGCUGUGAGUGGUGGUGAUGUUGUUGGGAUGGAGGAGGUGAAGGUGGAGAAGAAGAAGGAGGAGGACGAGGAGAAGAGGGAAGAGAGGAGGGAAGAGAAGAGAGUGGUUCCGGCGAAGCCUGGUGGGUAUGAGGAGGAGGAUGAUGCGUUCUUGGAUGCGUUUGAUACGCUGUCCCGCACUGAGUCGUUCUACAUGAACUGCAGCGUUAGUGGGCUCACUGGCGGUGCCGAUGCCGGACUGCCACAUUCUGGUUUGUUCUCGACGGACCCCCAGGUGCGGGAUUUCAUGAUGGGGAGAUUCUUGCCAGCUGCGCAAGCAAUGGCUUCUAGCUCGCCUCAGUGUGGUUCGCGGAAGCCGGCGGCGCAGGUUCGUGAAACUGUGAGAAUGGCGGGGAGAGCUGAGAAUGGGAAGAACGGGGAGUCGCGACGGCCAUUGCCGCUUACUUAUCAGGGCAGGGCUAAUUAUGGGCUUCAGUAUGCUCAUGAGCAACAAGGUGGUGGCUUGGCAGUAGAAGAGGAAGAUGAUGAUGAUGAUGAUGAUGAUGAUGGUGAUGCAGAAGAGGAUUAUGGUGGUGAUUUGUCAAAGGCUUGCGGAUUGCUUCCUAAAUUUUGUAUGAAGAGCAGCUGUUUCCUAAUAAAUCCAGUCCCGGGGAUGAAGGUCCGAGGUCGGUUGCCGCCUCCGCGAAGUCAAAGAGUUAAUGGGCAGCAGAACAGGAACUUGGGCAAUGCUGCUUCUCUUGGCCAAGCUGGAGAUGAGUUCUCAUGGGAAGCAGUAUAUAGGCAUAAGUUAGGCCAUGUGAAUAGAUUUCAGUUAGAAAAUGAGAGUAAACUGACUAGUGAAUCAAACCAGCUGACAAACUGGAGUGAUUCACCAGAUGGUUCAUCUCCGUAUCGGCGUUCUGGCGUGGAUGGAAUCUCGCCUUACAGGAAUGAGGCCCCUUCAUCGCCGUUUCAUGAGGGCAAAGGUUUUCUUGGAGUUCCUACAAGAGAAAGGAAGAGUUCCAAGGGUAAUAGUAUGGAGUCAUUUGAGAAAGAUGGAGAUCAUUAUUGGGAAAUGACUCCCCAUGAUAGCAGCACAAAGGGUUCCGGUUCCAUGAGCCCUGCAAUUGAAAAAACACUUUAUGUAGAUUCGGUGUAUGUGCCAGAAACUUCACAUUCAAAAUCCAGUUCUGUAGGUACCAUGGCUGAUGUGCGAGGUGUUGUUCCUUCUGAUGACAAGGGGUCGGAGGCUGGAACAGGAAGUAGGAGGCUGGAUGAAAUUAUUCCUUUAGAAUCCUUUAGGCCAGAUGAAUUGCAAGACAAAGCAGCUGGGGCUGUUGAAAUGGAAUUCCCCAUUUGCACUGAGAAUCCGGAUCACUUGGAUUUUAGUUGUAAUAAGGAGAUUAAAGGCUCUGAAGACGUGGAUGUUCCACUUGCUUUGGAAGCAGCUAUGCAUGCUAAGAAUAAUGGCAAUCCUUUGCAGUCUCUGCUUCCUCCUCCCUUACCAAAGUCACCUUCUGAGUCAUGGCUUUUGCGCACAUUGCCAUCUGUGUCAUACAAAAAUCCCCCUCCACAGUCACUUCUAGGCAUUCAAGUCCAGCCAAGAAAACAGCCUUUGCGAGGAUCCUCUGCUGAUGUGAGGCCAGAAACUAAAGUUAAAUCUGUCAAACAACAUCGUCAGAUACGAUUUGCAGAGGUUCUGACAAAGCCAGUAUCCCCACAAUGAGAAAUCUAAUAGGUGGCAAGCCUUAUCACUGUCUCGUGGAAUCUCUCAUAUCUUUCUUUGCAAGCUGUGAGCAUGAAGGGUUCAAAGGUGAAGUUGAUAAUGGUCCCUUAUAAAGAAAUCUCUCCUACCGCUGUUCCUUUCAGGAACAUGACCCUUAGAAUACACCUCAUUGAUUCUUCUUGGCUUGCUCAAAGUUUGUAUGUCUAGAGUUUCUUCUCCGUUCAAAAUGUGCAUUACCUUAGACAACAGUAAUACAACCUAAUUCCCUUGUAUAAACCAUACAUAUUCAAGUGUUUUUUCUUGUUCUGUAUUGCUGUCAUCCAUGAUUCUGUUGUAAAAUUUAACUGGCAACUUGUUUGUAAUAAUCGCUUCACUGGAGCUCAAAUGUACAACUCCUACAGCAACAACCAGCCACCCUAAUAAAGGUUGUACAAGGUUUUAUUUAUAGAGGCCAUGAAGAAUAUGCUUUGUUUUGGUUUAAUACUGUUGUUAUUUAUUGUUGAUCAUUGCAAUAUCAGCCUCCAUUUUUGUAA